AUGUUCCCGCGGAUCUGUUGCGCAGUGGCCGUGCUGACGGCGAUCACCACGGUAGCCACGGCGGGCGAAGCUGCUUUGCAGAGUAGAUGUGCCAGCAGGCCCAUUUACUACGCGUCGGAGUGUCUUGAGAUGGAAGAGUGUGCGUGGUGUUGCGAGAAACCUGUGGGGCGGCAGUGUUUCGACAAGUUGAGCUCAGCCUCCUCGGCGGCGGCAUGCGCCGCGUAUGCGAUUGUAAAUAAUACCAACACCACAUGCGGGGCCCUUUGCGAUGUGCCCCACGGCGACUGCGAAAGCUGCGAGGAACGAAACUGGUGCUACUUUUGCAUUUCCUCGUCCAUGUGUCAGCCGCCGUACGCGUCGUGCGCCAACGGCAAAGUCAUCCAGUCUUGCAGCAUGCGGGAGAAGAGAGAUGGAAAUGCCACGUACUAUUUCGAGAUUGUCGUCAGUGUGGGAGGGGCACUGAUGCUGCUCUCGUUCCUUGGCGGCGUGGUGCUGCUGUCCCUGCAGGCGCGUCGGCAGCAAAGGGAGGAGGAGCCCCAGUUGGACGACGAGGGAACACCGUUUCUCCGUGACGCCGGGUCCGCCGAGGACGCCGCAAUCGCCCGAAAUGAUGCGGCGGCUCCGUCGACGCCUGCUGCCGCGGCCGCCGAUGCCGCUCCCCCGCCCACAAGCGACACCCCCGCCGCCAAUCACAGUGCCGACGAGGACAACACCAACGACAAUGCGGGCCUUCGCAACACGACGCCUAGUGGCGCGGGUGGUGAUGAUGGGGGGCGGUCGGGGCCUGUCGCGGCGGAGGCUGCCGUGGGGUCCCCUGCAGCACACGGAGUUAGGGAGGGCGGGGCCGCAGAGGUGCAUCUGCUGACACCCCGCUCAGCCAAGGUGAGCACGACGGAUGAGGAUUCGGUUUGCUUUCUCUGCCUUGAGUCCAGCCCCUCGGUGACGUUUCUUCCAUGCUACCACACCUGCUGCUGUGAGGAAUGCAGCAACAAGCUACGCCCCACCCGCGGCGAUGUGUUGACGUGCCCGUUUUGUCGAACCAAGAUCGAGGCGAUGGUGAGCCUGCAUAGUGUCCUGGCGCACGCAGGCUUGUAG